AUGAAUUGUACCUCUUUGUACGUUGUGUACCUCGUGCUCUGCCUUUACUUCUGCCGUUUCUGCCACUGUCAGUUGCAAUGUAAUUCGGGUAGAGCGCAGCGCCAAAAACGCAUUGCCAUUCAGAGUCCCAGUGGCGUUCAACUGAGCGGAUUGGACCACUGCCAAUACGAGGUGACACCAUGGAGCAACCAAGUGUGUCAAGUGCGCAUCGAUUUCGUGCGCCUGGAGUUGGAGCAGCCUCAAUUGAAUGCCACUAGUCAGAUGCUAGAAUGCGUGGACUUUCUGCAGGUGCAGCAGCGUUUUCGCAUUUGCGGCAAAAAUAACGGCCAGCAUUUAUAUGUGCCCCUGCAACGUGGUCAAGUGCUGCAGUUGCUCUUCACGCUGGCCACACGUUCGCCACAGUCUGUGUGGCAGUUGACGCUGACCCAACUCGAAUGCCCAGACUCAAUGCUGCCCUCCAGCAGGGAGAUGGAUCCAGCAGUUUUUGCCAUGCCUGUGCAAGUAUCUGGUUUGCCAUCCCUACAGAAUCUCUUACCACGCACCAUAUUUGGCGGCCAAUCUGGCAUUGGUUCUGGCAAUGGACCAGCUGCCCAAUUGAUCCAGACACUUAGAUCACCUUCCCGUAACGAUUUGGAAAUGCUAGCGCCCCUCGGAUGUGAUCAAUAUUGGCAAACUACAACUGGCAAAAUUGUUAGCUUUAAUUUUGGCAGUGACAAUUACGUGCCCAAUAUGAAGUAUUCCAUUUGUAUCAAGGGCAUGGCCAAUAAUGAGAUAAGUUACACCAUCGAUCAUUUAUCUUUAUCAAAGACAAAUAAUAUCGAUGUGGCCGGCGUUGGAUACGAUGCGGAUUGUCAGAGUUUGGUAUCAACAGUUGGACAUUCAUCGGACUAUCUGCUUAUACCCAAUUCAUAUAUGGUAAACAAUGCAGCAUUACGACCAACUUAUUACUGUGGCAAUGGACUGACUGCAGAGAAACUCAUUGCACGUCCGCCAUUUGUCAUUUACUUCUCCAGCGAUGCGCAGACAAGUGCAUCCGAAACAGGCUUCCAGCUGACCUACACGGUCCAACAGCGGCAAGUGGAAUUGUAAAUGCAACUCAAAUUGGCAUAUAUGUAUAUGCACACAUACAUUCAUACGAAUACAUGUAUUAAAUAAAGCCUUAUAGUCUUAACUAA